CUUAUUAAAUGUUUUCAUUUUUACAUGUAGGCCUAUUACUACAGUACUAGUUAAAUGAUGGCAUUGAUUUAUCGUCGGAACAAUAUCAAGAUUUUAGUUAUUAUUUUGAUGUUAGUAUCAUUGGGCGUUGUAUGGAGAGCAAAAUUCGUAUCUCACACUUCACCUGCAAAGGAGGAGGACAAAUCCAUAAGUGCAGACUUGCCAUCAAAAAUAGCUGACAAAGUCCGAUCUGAUGCUCCUGUCCUUGCUCAACCUGUCAAAGAACAAAGCAAAAAUGUUAGUUCAAGAGGAUAUUCUCUUGAGGAAAUGAGAGAAGAAGCGAAAAAAUUAAAUUUCAUCCAAUUAAUAAAAAAUAAAGAAAAAUUUGGAGACCACCGCGCUGACGAUCCUGUGAUUGUUGUGCAGGCACAUGAUAGGGCAAAUCUUUUGAAAAUAUUAUUCGACUCUUUACGAGAAGUCAAAGGCAUUGAAAGCGCAACAUUGGUAAUCAGUCGAGAUAAAUUCACUCCUGACAUGGAUAAUGUCAUCGAUAAAAAUCUUAAUUUUUGCAGAUAUGUGGAAAUAUUUUUCCCAUUCUCAAUGCAGCUCUUUCCCAACAAAUUUCCAGGUGAAGAUCCCAAUGAUUGCCCUCGUGAUAUAUCCAAAUCAGCUGCAAUGAAACAAGGCUGCAACAAUGCUGAAUGUCCAGAUAUGUAUGGUCAUUACAGAGAAAUUAAAUAUGUCCAACUGAAGCAUCAUUGGUUUUGGAAGCUCAACAUGGUAUUUUCUGGCAUCAGAGAACUUAAUGGUAAUACUGGCCCUAUUUUAUUGCUUGAGGAUGACAAUUAUGUCAUCCCAGAUGUAAUUGACGUCAUGAAGAAGGCAGUUCUAUUACGAGACUCAGAAUGCAAAGACUGUCUUGCUAUUACAUUAGGUGCAUAUGACUUCACAACAGACUAUCGCUUCAAUGGCGCAGAUGCUCAUGUUAAACCAUGGGUUAGUUCGAAGCAUAACAUCGGAAUGGUAAUAAAUCAACAAUUUUUUGAUAAAAUUACAUCAUGCUCUAAAUAUUUCUGCACCUAUGAUGAUUACAACUGGGACUGGACUUUGCAAUCAACUGCGUUGAAAUGCUUUUCAGAUAUUCACCUUUAUUCCCUCAUAUUAAAAGUACCAAGAGUUUACCAUCUUGGAUGUACUGGGUUCCAUCAGAAACCUGCAGGUGGAAAGUGCGACAUAGCCGCAGAGGUUGAAAAACUCAGAGGAUUAUUACGAAAAGAAGCCUCAAAUUUAUUCCCCCCUACCCUUUUUUUGAAGUCAUCGAGCAAAAGCCCCAACAGUCCACAUGUACAGAAUGGUGGUUGGGGUGAUAUCAGAGACCAUGAAUUAUGCCAAAGUUAUACAAGUUUAUGUAAAGAAUACUUGAACUUGGGUUGAAUAUAAGCGUUUUGGAUAUAUUCUCCUGAAAAUUAGUUGAAACUGCAAUGAUUUGAGGUGUAUAUGGCCAAGCAAUGAAUUUAUUCCCUGAGGUUUUUGGGGUGCACUGAUGUAUCUCACAAUGUGUAAUUGUGCAUUGCAACCUGAAUGCAACCGCAUGAUAUUUAUCUAAAUUGCAUCAUUUUAUAUUCUAUUGCAGAUAUACUUUUAUUAUUGAAGGAUAUGAGCUAUUUCGGUAUAUUAUUGCAGAAUAUUCAAUAGCCUACUA